AUGUCUAUUGAGAGCACAGUCGAAGCAAUUUGGGCCGAAUAUGAUACCAAUGGAGAUGGAGCCAUCAAUGCAGAAGAAAGCAAAGCAUUCUUUGAAUCCCUUAUUGCUGCUAGACCAGAUUUAGGUUUGAGUUCUGAUAACCUUGCAACAUGGUUCAGUGAAUUAGACUCUGAUAAUGAUGGCGCUAUCUCUAAAGAUGAAAUGACAGUAUAUCUUUAAAAGAUCAACUACACAGCUUGA